AAUUUCUUCAUUUGCAGACUCUGUUGAAUGAUGAAGCUCAUGAAGAUUUGCUGAAUCGAAGCGGCAGUUGAUUCACACUCCCAGGCAGAUCUGCUGAUCCCCGUCUCCGGCUCCCGGCAGAUAAAAUCGGAGUCGAUUCCUUGAUAUUCAGUUCCUUCUGUCGGCCAACUCGGAUCCCGAAAUGCUGCGGCUGAGAGCAUUUCGGCCGACGAGCGACAAGAUCGUGAAGAUUCAGCUGCACCCCACUCACCCGUGGCUCGUCACAGCGGAUGCAUCGGACUUCGUCUCCGUCUGGAACUGGGAGCACCGACAGGUGAUUUACGAGCUCAAAGCAGGCGGUGUCGAUGAGAGGCGUUUGGUUGGUGCCAAGUUGGAGAAGCUUGCCGAGGGAGAAUCAGAGUCUAGAGGGAAACCGACGGAGGCCAUAAGGGGAGGAAGUGUUAAGCAGGUGAGCUUUUAUGAUGACGAUGUACGGUAUUGGCAACUCUCGCGUAAUCGAUCCGCAGCUGCAGAAGCUCCAUCAGCUGCUGGGAAUAUCACCUCAGCUUUUGCUUCUCCUGCUCCGUCGACCAAAGGGCGGCAUUUUCUUGUCAUCUGCUGUGAGAAUAAAGCCAUCUUCUUGGACUUGGUUACAAUGCGAGGUCGCGAUGUUCCGAAACAUGAGCUUGAUAACAGAUCACUUAUCUGUAUGGAAUUUCUAGCCAGAUCUGUCCCUGGAGAGGGUCCUCUUGUUGCAUUUGGUGGAUCAGAUGGUGUUAUUAGAGUGCUCUCAAUGAUAACAUGGAAGCUGGUACGGAGAUACACAGGGGGUCACAAAGGAGCUAUUGCUUGUCUGAUGACCUUCAUGGCCUCUUCUGGUGAGGCACUUCUGGUUUCGGGUGGAAGUGACGGUUUACUUAUAAUUUGGAAUGCAGACCACGGUCAAGAUUCCCGUGAACUUGUACCCAAGCUAAGUUUGAAAGCACACGAUGGUGGGGUUGUGGCUGUUGAGCUAUCAAGGGUCAUCGGAGGUGCUCCACAGAUUAUUACCAUUGGUGCAGAUAAAACACUAGCCAUAUGGGAGACAGUAUCAUUUAAGGAGUUGCGACGAAUUAAACCGGUAUCAAAACUUGCUUGCCACAGUGUCGCAUCUUGGUGCCAUCCUCGAGCUCCAAACCUUGACAUCUUAACCUGUGUAAAAGAUUCCCAUAUAUGGGCCAUAGAGCACCCGACAUACUCUGCUCUUACAAGGCCGUUGUGUGAGCUUUCCUCUCUUAUUCCACCACAAGUUCUUGCACCAAAUAAGAAACUCAGGGUUUAUUGUAUGGUUGCACAUCCUUUGCAGCCUCAUAUUGUUGCUACGGGAUCUAAUAUUGGCAUCAUUAUGUGCGAGUUUGAUCCGAAGUCCCUUCCACCCGUAGCGCCAUUACCAACGCCACCAGAAAGCCGAGAGCAUUCUGCAAUCUACGUGGUUGAAAGGGAACUAAAGCUAUUAAACUUUCAGUUGUCCCCAACAGGAAACCCAUCCCUUGGCAAUAACGCCUCCUUGUCAGAAACGGGUAGAUCUAAGGGAGACUCAGAAUUGUUACAAGUCAAGCAGAUUAAGAAGCACAUAAGUACCCCAGUUCCACAUGAUUCUUAUGCAGUUCUUUCUGUCAGCAGUUCUGGAAAGUAUCUUGCUGUUGUGUGGCCCGAUAUCCCUUACUUUUCUAUCUACAAGGUCAGUGACUGGUCCAUUGUUGAUUCCGGCAGUGCUAGGCUUCUGGCAUGGGAUACAUGCCGGGACAGAUUUGCUAUAUUAGAAUCAGUGCUACCCCCAAGAAUUCCUAUCAUUCCAAAAGGUGGUUCCUCAAGGAAAGCAAAAGAGGCUGCUGCAGCGGCAGCUCAGGCUGCAGCAGCAGCUGCAUCUGCUGCUUCUUCAGCCAGUGUUCAAGUUCGGAUCUUGCUGGAUGAUGGGACAUCUAAUAUCUUAAUGAGGUCUGUUGGCAGCCGCACUGAACCGGUCAUAGGCUUGCAUGGUGGAGCACUCCUUGGUGUUGCUUAUCGGACAUCUCGACGGAUAAGCCCCCUUGCAGCAACUGCAAUUUCGACGAUACAAUCUAUGCCCUUGUCAGGGUAUGGAAAUAGUGGCCUUUCAUCAUUUGCUGCUUUAGAUGAUGGCUUAUCUCAUCGAUCUUCGGCUGAGGCUGCACACCCGAACUUCCAGCUAUAUAGUUGGGAGAGUUUCGAACCAGUAGGCGGUCUCCUUCCCCAGCCUGAAUGGACUGCAUGGGACCAGACUGUUGAGUACUGUGCUUUUGCUUAUCACGAUUAUAUUGUUAUAUCUUCUCUAAGACCCCAAUAUAGGUACUUAGGAGAUGUUGCGAUUCCCUAUGCUACCGGGGGUGUUUGGCAUCGGAGACAAUUGUUUGUGGUUACACCGACUACCAUAGAAUGUGUUUUUGUUGAUGCUGGAGUUGCCCCAAUUGAUAUAGAAACCAGAAAAAUGAAAGAAGAAAUGAAAAUGAAAGAGGUCCAGGCCCGUGCUGUUGUGGAGCAUGGAGAGUUGGCACUAAUUGCGGUAGAAGGUCCCCAAGCUAGCACACAAGAAAGAAUAACUUUGAGGUCUCCGAUGUUACAGGUGGUUCGAUUAGCUUCAUUUCAGCAUGCUCCUUCUAUUCCACCAUUUGUAAGUUUACCGAAGCAAUCCAAAGUUGAUGCAGAUGACGCGGCUAUGCCAAAAGAGAUGGAAGAAAGAACCAAUGAGGUAGCUGUGGGUGGUGGCGGGGUCUCUGUUGCAGUAACUCGUUUUCCAAUGGAGCAAAAACGGCCAGUAGGACCUUUAGUUGUUGUUGGAGUCAGAGACGGAGUUCUGUGGCUAAUUGAUAGGUAUAUGUGUGCACAUGCUAUAUCCUUGAGUCAUCCUGGUAUUCGAUGUAGGUGCCUCGCAGCAUAUGGUGAUGCUGUCAGUGCAGUGAAAUGGGCAACUCGGCUUGCUAGAGAACAUCAUGAUGAUCUAGCUCAGUUUCUGCUUGGUAUGGGCUAUGCCACUGAAGCACUACAUUUACCUGGGAUUUCUAAGAGAUUGGAGUUCGACUUGGCUAUGCAGAGUAAUGACUUGAAAAGAGCUCUUCAGUGCCUUCUCACAAUGAGCAACAGUAGGGACAUGGGACCAGAUAACAUAGGACUUGAUCUGAAAGAUAUCCUCACUGUGAUAGUUAAGAAAGAAAAUCUCGUGGAAGCUGUCCAAGGAAUUGUGAAAUUCGCGAAGGAAUUCUUGGAUCUUAUUGAUGCGGCAGAUGCAACAGCACAGGCUGAUAUUGCUCGAGAAGCCCUAAAGAGACUAGCUGCGGCAGGUUCUGUGAAAGGUGCUCUGCAGGGCAACGAACUGAGAGGACUUGCUUUGCGACUUGCUAAUCACGGAGAGUUGACUCGUCUUGGCGUAUUGGUGAACAACUUGAUAUCUGUCGGCUUGGGUCGUGAAGCGGCCUUUUCAGCUGCAGUUUUGGGCGACAAUGCCCUAAUGGAGAAGGCAUGGCAGGACACUGGGAUGCUCGCCGAGGCUGUUCUUCAUGCUCAUGCCCAUGGGAGACCCUCACUGAAGAACUUGGUCGAGGCUUGGAACAAGCAGCUACAGAAAGAAGUCGAGCAUGCCCCGUCUACAAAAACUGAUGCUGCAGCUGCAUUUUUGGCUUCCCUUGAGGAACCAAAACUUACAAGCUUAGCAGAAGCGGGAAAGAAGCCACCAAUUGAGAUACUUCCUCCUGGAAUGCCUUCUCUUUCUGCUUCACUCGCGAUGAAGAAGAAACCUCCUCCAAUUUCACAAACUCCCAAUCAGCAGCAGCAGCAGGGUAAUAAGCCGAUGCUAUUGGAAGCACCUCCAACGACCACAGCACCUGCAACAGAAACAACAGCUGCUGCAGCCGCAACAGAAACAACAACUGCAGCAGCCGCAACAGAAACAACCACUGCAGCAGCAGCAACAGAAACAACAGCUGCAGCAGAGGCAACAGAAACAGCUGCAGCACCAGCAGCAGAAAAUGCUUCUAGUCCUCCAAAACAAGGUGAAGAGAGUGGGCCCACUGAACCUGGGAAGGAUGCUGAUGCCCCAAAUACAUCAGCAUCAUCAACAGGCAAUCCUGCUCCAGCUGUUGCUGAGAAAGAAAGUAAUAACCCUGAUGCUUCCACAACGAGCAAUGAAGGACCAAAGGAGGAGGGGGAGAAGGUUCCUAGUCCAGUUUCAGCUCCCGAAACCAAGGAGGUUGAGGUACAGAAACCGCAGCAGGAGAUCCUCGACAUGCUGGGGAUGGACUUUGGUGCUACCUCGAAAUCACCCAAUGGCGGUGCUGCUGCUCCUCAGUCGAGCGCUUCAACUACUAUGCAACUAGCCGAUCUAUUUAUGUGAGCAGUAGCAAGUCUAUAAUCUACUGGCAUAUUCCAUGCCAGCUGACGGGGAAGAGUUUUUGAGCCAUCAUGACCGUUGUGAAGUUUAACAGGAAGUAAAAAUGCAUGUUUUGCCCAAAAAAUCUCUUGUAAGCUUUCAGACUAACAAGAAUACAGGAACCAGAGGAUGAGGAUACCAAUCCAAAUGGAGCCGAAGCUUACAGCUGGACGUUCCUUUACGACGCCGUGCGGAGAAUUAUGGAUUUGUUGCAGAUAUCCAUUUUCUUGUGUCUCUUUUUUGUACAACCUUUUGUCUUCGCUGUUCUUCCGUCUGCAUUAUUGGCUUGAGAACAGGAUCUCUGAUACUCCCAGGGAAGACGAUGACAUCUCUUUGUAGUGGGAAGCGAGUGUGCAACGGUGUGUUUGUAAAUCUAUUGAUUUGAUCAUUGUUUCUUGUGAUUUGCCAUU